AUGCACACGUUGGGCUUCCGUGGUAAGAAGGGAAAUGAAGCCAGCUACCCUCUGGAAAUGUGCACGCAUUUCGACCCAGAUGAGAUCAAACGUCUGGGGAAGCGUUUCAAGAAAUUGGACCUGGAUAACUCGGGCUCGCUCAGCGUGGAGGAGUUCAUGUCGCUGCCCGAGUUGCAGCAAAACCCGCUGGUGCAGAGGGUCAUCGACAUAUUCGACACGGACGGCAACGGAGAAGUGGACUUUAAAGAAUUCAUCGAAGGUGUGUCGCAGUUCAGCGUCAAAGGUGACAAGGAGCAGAAGCUUCGCUUCGCCUUCCGCAUCUACGACAUGGACAAGGACGGCUUCAUCUCCAACGGCGAGCUGUUCCAGGUGCUGAAGAUGAUGGUGGGCAACAACCUAAAGGACACGCAGUUGCAGCAGAUCGUGGACAAAACCAUCAUCAACGCCGACAAGGACGGCGACGGCAGAAUAUCCUUCGAGGAGUUUUGCGCGGUGGUGGGCGGUCUGGACAUCCAUAAAAAGAUGGUGGUGGACGUGUGA